ACAAGAAUAACUUUAGGAUAACAAAACCAAGUUAUCUCAUUAUCCUAGCCAACUCAAUCCGACAACGAACCCAUUCCUUUGAAGCCAACCCAUCACUUCAUCAUCUUCUUUACUUUUACUAGUCUUUCUCUCAUCUCUGUGUAGGUACAGGCUUGACAAUGGAGACGCUAUCUUCCCUGUCUACAAGCCAAGGUCUUAUGUCACUUCAUUCUUCUUCAGGAAUCUCCCGCACUGGUGGGUCUGUUUCCGUUAUUGGGUUUUCUCUUCCACUUUUCAAGACGGGAGCUUUACCAAAUUGCAUUAGGAAACAGAGAUUGAGGGUCCCAAGGGCCUCGCUUGCUGUUGAACAGCAGAAGAAAGAGCCCAAAGUUGCUCUUAUAAGAAUCGGCACAAGAGGAAGCCCACUAGCACUUGCCCAGGCUUAUGAGACACGAGACAAACUCAUGGCAAUGCAUUCUGAGCUGGCUGAAGAAGGGGCUAUUCAAAUUGUGAUAAUAAAGACAACAGGAGAUAAAAUAUUAACUCAACCACUUGCAGACAUCGGAGGGAAAGGAUUGUUUACAAAAGAAAUAGACGAGGCACUAAUAAAUGGUGAUAUUGACAUUGCAGUUCACUCAAUGAAAGAUGUCCCCACAUAUUUACCAGAAAAGACAAUCCUUCCAUGUAACCUUCAGCGUGAGGAUGUUCGAGAUGCAUUUAUUUCCUUGACUGCAUCUUCACUGGCUGACCUUCCAGCUGGGAGUGUCAUUGGUACUGCUUCCCUCAGAAGAAAGUCCCAAAUACUCCACAGAUAUCCAUCACUCACAGUUUUAGAGAAUUUUAGAGGGAAUGUUCAGACACGGUUGAGAAAACUUAAUGAAGGGGUGGUCCAAGCAACUUUAUUGGCACUAGCUGGACUUAAACGCUUAAAUAUGACAGAAAAUGUGACUUCAAUUCUUUCAAUUGAUGACAUGCUACCAGCAGUUGCCCAAGGGGCGAUUGGAAUUGCGUGUCGAAGUGAUGAUGAUAAAAUGGCUGCCUACCUAGCAUCAUUGAACCAUGAGGAAACAAGAUUAGCAGUCGCAUGUGAGAGAGCCUUUCUUGAAACCCUGGAUGGAUCAUGCCGUACUCCAAUUGCUGGCUAUGCUUGUAAAGAUGGAGAUGAUAAUUGCAUGUUCAGAGGGUUGGUGGCUUCCCCAGAUGGAACCAAAGUACUUGAAACUACUAGAAAAGGUCCCUAUGCUUUUGAUGAUAUGGUUAUCAUGGGAAAAGAUGCUGGCAAGGAACUUCUUUCACGGGCAGGUCCGGGAUUCUUUGAUAGUUGAAGAGCAUAAUAGCAGCUUAAAAAGAUGACAUGGUUAAAAUUUUAGGCCUAGCACCUGAGGCUUCCUGUUCCUUGAUGUCCCGCCUGAGUUAGUAUUUAGAAUAGUAGUUUAAAUUUUUUUUGUAAAGUAGAAGGGAAUGUUUGAAGGAUGAUAUUUAGUGAAAAGCCAAUUUUUUUUUGGGUCUCUCUUUCAAGUGUGUUUAAGUAUGCGUGUACUGUUUACAUGUGUGAGUGUCGUCAUCUCUUUCCUCGACUCAAUCUUCUGUACUCAAUAGUUUUAUGUCUUUUGAGCUAAUAAAGGAAGAAAGAAAAUGUCUUUGUGCUA